AUGAUAAGAGUUUCUCUGACAUUCUCAACUGCUGAAGCUGUUUCAUCGAUCCACGAAUCGAUUGAACGUUUAAAUCAGCUCUGGGAUAAAGUGAGCAUGGAUGAAUGCUUGCGCUGCAAGCGUAUCGACCAGUUCUAUAAGCAUAUCGGCGACCUCCUUGCGCAAAUGAUAUCCGAUGAGGAACAAAUGGUACAGGAAGUUCAUAACUCGAUUGAAGAAGCAACGAAACGGGUGGAAAACUUGUGCCAGGAACUCUGCUUGCCACAAAUCGACAGAAGCAACCUAAAACCGGGCUCCAUCGCGCUGUACCGCACAUUAAAACAGGAUUUGAAGCGGCUCAGUAGUCUGAAGGAAGAUAAGCUGCAAGGUCAGAAGAAGCUGGUAGAGGAACUUGCACAAGUUGCGAUGCGAAUCGGUGAAGAAGUUGAAGAUCUUCCACCAGUUUCAGAAGUUUGUGAUGCAGCAACACUGAUGCGUUUGCAAGAACGUGUGCACGUUUUCAAUGAAAUACUAGCCGAACGCAUGGAGAGGGGCAAGCAAUGGCAAGCAGAUAUGCAGCGCUGGUACAAACAGAUGGGCUGCACACCAUCAAAGGAACUCAGCCAGACGUUCCUCUCUUUGGACCUUGAUAAUGAGGAGCUGGUCUGGAACGAAUGCUUCAUGGAUGAGUUCGAAGAUGCCUUUGAGGAGGUCAACAGCGAAUUUACUGACUGGGCCGAGCAAGCUUGCUUUGACUAUACGGAAGCACUGGUUCGUCUCAGUGAGCUCUGGGAAUUAUGCCAUAUUCCGGACGUUGAGCGAACCAUUCCACGUGAAUUUAAUCCGACUCUGCACACGAGUCAUGACAUUAAGCAGGCGCAGGAACAAGUAAAAAUAUUGGAAAAAUUUCUUGCCGAUCGAGCGGAGGUAUACAAGAAAUUUAAAGAGUGGAAGGAACUUUGGGCUGAAAAAGUGGAAUUUGAGAGCAAGGCGAAUGACAAGUCGCGAUACUACAAUCGUGGUUGCCAGCUGCAGAAGGCCUUACAGCGACAAAAGGUUAUUGAGCAUCGAUUGCCGAUUGUACAAAGGGAGUUGAAAGAAGAAGUGGAAAAAUACGAAGCGACACACGACAGCCGGAUUCAGAUGGAUGGCCUCACUCCUUGCGAACAUAUCGAGGCCCUUAUUGAGCAACAUAAAGCAAAGGGAUUGGAACGAAAACGAAAGAAGCAGGCAGAUGCAUCGGCUGAAAACCUAUCAACCGUAGUUACGCCGAUGAAACGUGGUGCUCCGUCAACUUUCGCUACUCCAUGUUCUUCCGCCAAAGUGGCCAAGGUUCGACCCCUUAAACGGUGCAGUCAAUCGGCUUCGAAGGUGCGCUAG